AUGCAUCUCAAAGUACAUGUUCUUCUUGGACUUUAUCUCACAGUUGCCGCCCAAAGUGACCGACCCAAGCCCGUGAAGCGCGGUACGACGCACUCGACACCCCCAGAGCCUGAGCCCAUUGAGGUUGUGGAGCUUCCCCUGCCUCCAGUCACCUCCAAUGAGACCACCGGUGGAUGUACGCUAUUGGUCAAUCCUCAUGGAACUGGAUGCAUCGGUGCAAACUCAUCCAACCUCCUGAGUGGGACAUUUCUGCCUGAUGGCAACCAUGUCACUGCUUCUUUGGAGUUCACUGGAGCCCCGGCUACCCCAGAUCCGGCCAGUAUCUACACCGGCUUGAAUUUGAUCAUUGUCCGUACCAACGGGACUUUAUUCACCAGUGGUGAUGCGUGGAAAUGUAUCACAUGUGGGGUUCCCCAAGACCAACAAUAUGGUCUCACCUCGACCAUGGAUUAUCAGUAUCCCCAAGCAUUCAACGAUGGUACUCGCGUUCUUGCGGGAAACUAUAUCAUUGAUUGUGGUAUGGCCCAACUCGCCAGUCCUGAAUGCACACCUGAUAAGGUGCACAUUUAUCCAAUCCGAUGGAACACAUCACCAGAUGGUUCUGGGGCUGGAGGUGAUAUUCGCGAGCUGCGAAAACACCCGGAUGACGUUCACAUCAGCUUUAAUUCCAUGUCUUUAUCGGGCGCAACGACAUCACAGCAUGCCUAUUUCGCGCGGUUGGAGUUCAAUCCCGCGCCCGCCAUCGGCACACCUCACACGCCGCGAUACGAUCUGGUCAAUGUGACCGGGCUUUACGAAUCAAAAGGCGCGGCGCUGAUUUCUGCGAACGGUAGCGCUUUGACUAUCAACACAAAGGCUAUCUCGGUAGGAGAGGCGCGUGGCUUCGGAGGUGUGGGCGAUCAGGUUCAAUACGUCGGAUUCCCAGCUGAAUCCUGCAAUAUUGAUAUCUCCGGGGUAGACUUGCAAUCCGGCGAAGUAGUCCGAGUGACCAACGGGCCAGAGUAUGUCGAUCCCAUCGACACUUCCCCAGAUGGUCGCUGGGUAGUCAUUAUGGACAGCACAGAUAAUGAUCGAUUGAUGUUUUUUGCGGGCAUGCGGGGUGUACCACCGCUAAUCGACACCCUCACCACCGCCGCCAUAUCAUCUAUCCGGAAUAAUGGAAAGCGACGAUUUUUCGAGCCCUGGAUUUACGACCUGGAGGUUACACCCUACUCUGACGACACAGGCUACUACAAAGGGCAACAGGUUAACGUCGAUGGUGAUGGCAGCUCGGGCAGUGUGAGCGACUCAUUUUGGAAUGGAGGCGCGGACCCUCGAUGGUCUCCAGAUGGUACAAAGAUUGCAUACUUUGAACUCUUGACUCAAGAGCCGGACUGCGGAGGAAGCAACCCACUGCCGUGCCCAGUCUCCAAUGCACCUGGUGGGCGAAAUGCCCGGCUCAUGAUGGCAACUCUAACUAGCCGCGAGCCCCUUGCGAGAGUUGUCGUCGAUCCUGUCUCUGACACUGUUCCUUGGGGUGAGCCCUACGUUCCUGGAAACGGCGCCCCGACGGCGCCCUCUGUGCCAUUUGGAAACUACACCUUGACUGGCCAAGUCAGUGGCCAUGCCGAUGUUACCCUUACAGCCAACGAUGCAGGCACAGCCCUCGAAAUAGUUGAAGCCACGUAUCACAAUUACUCCGAUGACGGCCUCAACUUUAUCGCCGGCAACGAGAGGGUGACCGCGCUUUAUCCCAACGUUACCUUGAUUCAUGUGGAUUGGGUCUCGAACUUGUCAUCAUCCGGGAUCAGCAACAGUACCAAAAUAACGGGCCCGGGAGGAUUCCAUUUCGAUGUAGACGUUCAGCUGAACAAGUUUUACGCCAACGGUACUCUGACUACCACCGUCGAUAGCGUUGUCUACAGACAACCCGAAAAUGGAUGUUGA